AUGGCGUCCACCUUGUUAGCGGAGAAGAAAAGCCUUGUCAGCCACAUCGAGCAAUCGGUGAUCGGCGCCGGCAUGCCCAUUCACACACCAUUCGGCCCGCGGAAGCUGACGUAUGCCGACUACACAGCAUCCGGUCGAUCUCUCACCUUCAUCGAGGAUGCGAUCAGGAACACAGUCCUCCCGCACUACGCCAACACGCACACGACUGUGUCGCAUACGGGGCGGCAGACCUCCAAGUACCGUGAAGAAGCACGGCACAUCAUCCUCGAGAGCGUCAACGGGCGCAAAGACAAGGACGUCGUGGUGUUCACAGGCUCCGGCUGCACGGCUGCGAUCUACAAGACUGCACAGCUACUGAUGCAUCGCCAGGACUGGAAAGACUCGGCCGGCACCCCGGAGGCCCCCCUAGUCCUCAUCGGGCCGUACGAGCAUCACUCCAACAUCCUGCCAUGGCGCGAGAGCGGCGCAGACGUGGUGGAGGUGCAGCUGAACGCAACGGGCCAGGUGGACUUGGACCAUCUCAGGAGAGUCCUGCGGCAGUACCAGAGCCGCCGCAUCAAGGUCGGAUCUUUCUCGGCUGCCUCCAACGUUACGGGGAUCCUGACGGACGUGGAGGCGGUUGCGACUGUUCUUCACGAGCACGGAGCCCUCGCCUUCUUCGACUACGCGGCUGCUGGGCCCUACGUGGACAUCGACAUGAACCCCUCGAGGCCUCUGGCGUACAAGGACGCUGUCUUCAUCUCUCCGCACAAGUUCGUGGGGGGGCCGUCGACCCCCGGGGUCCUCGUGUUCAAAAAGGACUCCCUGUAUGAGCCCUGCAAGAAUCGUGGAGCUCCGGUCACACCUGCCGGAGGGACCGUCCUGUUCGUAUCCAACUUGGAGCAUCGGUACCUGGACUCGGUGGAGGAGAGGGAGGAGGGAGGGACGCCGGAGAUUGUAGGAGCGAUCCGGUGCGGGCUGGUGUUCCGACUGAAGAUGGAGGUAGGGCCGAGCACGAUUGUGGAGAGAGAGCACCACUACUGGUCUCAAGCCCUUGCUGCCUGGAAGGCGAAUAAGAGUAUCAUCAUUCUUGGGGACACGAGCGUCGCGCGACUGAGCAUCGUCUCCUUCGUUGUUGCACAUGGGAACAAGCUGGUUCAUCACAACUUCGUCGCUUCUCUCCUCAACGAUCUCUUCGGCGUGCAAGGCCGAGCAGGCUGCUCCUGCGCUGGUCCUUACGCGCAGAAACUGUUCAACAUCUCUCCCACGUCCGCGUUGUGCCUAGAGCAGACGGUACUGCAAGGAGAGGAAGGGAUCAAGCCGGGCUUUAUUCGCAUCAAUUUCAACUUCUUCAUCUCUCCCCACGUGGCUCGCUUCCUCAUCGACGCCGUUCUGUUCGUCGCAGAGCACGGGUGGAAGCUGCUGCCCUUCUACAAGCUCGACGUGAACACGGGCGAGUGG